UCUAACAAUACGACUGGGCAUUUCCCUGCAUUUACACCUCAACAGGGCAACCCGCCUUGUCCCCCAUCUCCGAUCAUCUCUGCAAAUCUGAGAGCUACCGGAAAAAAUGUCACACGGAGACACUAUACCUCUUCACUCCUCAUCCCAAUCCGAUAUUGAUGAAAUUGAAAACCUCAUCUAUUCCAAUCCUUCUACUGUCCUUCCAGCACGCCCUCCUUCUCCUCCUCGUGCUGCCAUACCUGUUUCAUCUUCUCCCUUCAUGCCUUCCAAUCUUCGCCCUCCACCUCCUCCUACAUCUACCACAACCACCAAUUACAAACCGACACCUGUCCCUUCCAUUCCAUCUCCACCACCCCUACCUUCAUCGGGACAGUCGAAUAUAGCUGCUACCGGAUUCGGAUCGCCGCCCAAUACCCUUACCGAACCCGUUUGGGAUACCGUCAAAAGAGAUCUGUCCAGAAUUGUUAGUAAUUUGAAGCUGGUGGUUUUCCCUAAUCCUUAUAGAGAAGAUCCUGGCAAAGCGCUUCGUGAUUGGGAUCUAUGGGGACCUUUCUUCUUCAUUGUUUUCCUUGGUCUCACUUUGUCAUGGUCUGCUUCUGUUAAGAAGUCCGAAGUUUUUGCUGUUGCAUUUGCUCUGCUGGCUGCCGGUGCUGUCAUCCUGACAUUGAAUGUCUUGUUACUGGGCGGUCACAUAAUCUUCUUUCAAAGCCUCAGUCUUCUGGGUUACUGUCUAUUCCCACUUGAUGUUGGCGCCUUUAUUUGCAUGCUAAAGGACAAUGUGAUAUUGAAGGUGGUUGUGGUUUGUGUUGCACUAGCUUGGAGUUCUUGGGCAGCAUACCCCUUCAUGAGUACAGCUGUUAACCUUAGGAGGAAAGCUCUUGCCUUGUAUCCUGUGGUACUCAUGUAUGUAUCUGUUGGAUUUCUCAUUAUCGCCAUUGAUUGAUGGCAGUCAUGCAUGUCAUAUGAAAAUGUAUGAAGCUGAUAAACGCACAUUGAAGUAGGCAUGUAUUGUAGUGGACUUUUUGAUUGCCAUAUGAAGUUUUGUUGAUAAUUUUGGUUGGACCACUGAUCUCACAUUUUGUCCUCAUGUCCUAGAGAUGUUAUAUACAUCUAGUUAUGUCUGGUGUUAUGCUGUAAGCCUGAAACACUGUCUCUGCUGUGUAAGAUAUCUUCUGCUGAUGGUCUCUUCAUUCAUGGAUGUCGAUGCCUCUGAGCACUAUGGUUGAUUGGUCACAUGUCAUACUCGUCUUGUUAGUUAAUGUGUCAACUCUUUUUUCCUCGCUGAGUAAGGCUAAGGAAGACUUGGAAAGUUAUAUGGAAUCAUAUACUAAUAUUUGUAAUUGUUACACUUUAAUGAAUACAAAGGAGAAGCUUGCACAUAAUUAUACAAUGUUUUGUAUCA